UGACCACCGUCGAGCCGAACAUGUUCACCACAUGCAUCCCAGUGGGUGGCAAUUAUACUCCUGGUGCCGGUGCAGCCACAAGCGGCGCAUUCGCUCCCAACACACUGGCCAACUCGUCCAGUGACUCACUGUCCUCCGGAUUCGAGGCAGCCGGCUAUGCGGCCUACUCCACUGCGCUUAGCGUGACCAUCGCCAUCGGCUGCAGUCUGCUCAUCCUCAACGUGCUCAUUUUCGCCGGCGUCUACUAUCAGCGCGACAAGACGCGGCUGGAGGUGAAGACACUGCAAAAGCAAUACCAACAGCGUAGCAUGCACCAGCAGGUGCCCUACCCGCCAGACCCCAUCAAGCACGCACACUACCACAUGGGCCACUCACAGAGCGCCAAUGUGAUUGUCGACGUGGAAAAUCAUGGAGGCGAUCAGGGCGCCAUGCUGCUGGCUGCUGCUGCGGCGGCAGCUAACGCAGCUGAUGUUAAGCCACCGCCGCCGCAUAUUUGCGCCAAUAGUGGCAUGCAACUCAGCGCCACAUUGCAACAGCAACAGCAACAGGGUGGUGGUAGUAGUGUUGACCUAUGUGGCAUGUCGGCAGCCGCCAAGCAGCAGCAACAGCAACAAGGUGGUGGGAUUAUGGUCAGCGGGUCACCAGACGUGGCCGCUGGCCUGAUGGGAGGCAGCGGUGGCUGCAAUGUGACUUAUAGCACGACAACCAAGCAACAGCAACAGCAACAGCAGCAGCAACAACAUAUGCAACAACAUCAACAACAACAACAACAGCAACAGCAACAACAACAACAACGUGAGCACAUGCAGAUCAAAGGCAUGAGUUCACAAACAUUCGGGCGCGCUGCGACAAGCGUCGGCGGUGGUGGAGGUGGCGGCGUUGGAAAUGUUACCAUGACCAGCAAUCUCGCCUAUAAUCCCGGCAUGAUGACGCUGCCCAAAGCGGGCACAUUACAUCACACAAGCUCAAUAAACUACGGACGAAACCCAGGUGGGGGCGGCGGCGGCGGCGGCGUCGGAGUGGGUGGCAGUAGCGGCAAUGGUGGCGGUGGCAUGACCGCCGCGCUGCUCGACUCACGCGGCAAUUUAUUACUAACCAGUGGCACAGGUGUCGCCAUGGGCGAUUGCAUGACAUUGCCCAGGAAUCUGGCUGCUUCGGCUACUCGACACAGCGCAGCGGCAG